AGACAAAAGCACAUUGGAUUUGAGAUACCCUACAUUCAUCUCUCUCUCUCUCUAGUUUCUGGUUCUCCAAGAUUCUAAGCUGGAUAUCAUCUUCAACUCUGCAAAUCAAAUCCAAUCGUUAAAAACCUACUUUCUAAUCCUCUCUGUUGUUGUUUCCUCUCAUUGAAAAAAGAAAGAAAGAGAACAAAAAUUCAUCAUUUUUCCUUUGUUGUAUUCUUUGGGUGUAUAUGUGCUGCUCUGUUUCAUCCUCUGUUCAUGGCUGCGGCUGCUACUGCUUCACAAAUCUUUGAAAGCCAUCAAAGUGAUAACAACAAUAGCAGCAACAAUGAAGUUAGCAGGCAAGAGAUACAGGCUGCCAUUGCCAAGGCUGUGGAGCUUAGAGCCUUACAUGCGGCUUUGAUGCAAGGAAACAGCCCUGCCCCUGCAAAUCUCAGAUACCCAUCUUCUGCUUCCCCUGUUUCACGCCCUGUUUCUCAGUUCUCUGCUCAAGAUUACCCUGUUUUUACUCCCAGUUAUGAAGAUGAAACAUUAUCUGGCUACCAUACAAAUAACCAAGCAUUAUCUGAAAGUUGGGAUGAAUAUGGCCUGGAAGCAGGAAAUGGCACUGAAACUGUUUUAUCAGAUUAUAAGAAGGAGAUUUCAGCUUCGAGGAAAGGAUUCUCUUCAGCUUUGGCUGCCUUAGAAUCACAUGUUUGUCCUGCAGAAGAUCAAAAAUCUGUUACUGGUUCUUGCGCAAACCACAUCACUGUCCUACAAACAUCACCAGGAGCAGAAUUUUACAAGUCAAGUAGAAGUAGGAGAAACAGUUUGGGGGAUUUCAAAUCUGUAUCAUCUUGCAAUAGAUGCAAGCCUGCUGUUAUAACAGCUGAAUCUGAAAAUGUCAUUAGGAACAUCAAGAAUUCUAAUACUGUGGUGCCACUAACAGAUUCUCAUUCGUCUGUUCAAUCACAACUGAAGAAUCGAGGGGUGAUGUCGUGGUUUUUCCCUCGGUUAAAGAAGAAACAGAAGAAUGAGAAUUCUCCUAACCGAACAGAAUCCGAGGAAGUUUCACAAAUAUUCAAGGACUUCGGCAUGUUGUCAAUUGAAACAUUGAAGAGAGAGCUGAUAGAAGCAAAUGAGAAUAGAGAUGCGGCCUUAACGGAAGUUGCUGACAUGAGAUCUUCAUUAGGAGAGCUCAAGCAGAAGCUGGAGUAUUUAGAAACCUAUUGUGAAGAGCUCAAGAAAGCCUUAAGGCAAGCAACACAAACAAAGGAUUCUCAAAUCAAUGAAAAGCUUGGAAAUUUUCCUAGGAGAGGGAAAUCCAUUGAUGGGAAUGGUGAAAACGUGAUGCCUGUCAGUGAGGAGGUAAUGGUAGAGGGUUUCUUGCAGAUAGUAUCAGAAGCAAGAUUGUCAGUGAAACAGUUCUGCAAGACACUUGUUGGACAUAUUGAACAGACUGACAAUACUUUAAUGGACAACUUGAAUCUGCUUCUUCAACCAUAUAAACUUUCAUUGAAUUCAAAGUACUCUAAGGCAGUGUUAUACCAUUUGGAAGCAAUAAUAAACCAGUCACUCUACCAAGAUUUUGAGAAUUGUGUAUUUCAGAAGAAUGGGUCACCAAAGCUCUUGGACCCUCAACAGGAUCGCCAGGCUCAAUUUACAUCAUUUGUUGCGCUUAGAAAUCUAAGCUGGAAUGAAGUGCUAAGGAAGGGAACUAAAUAUUAUAGCGAAGAAUUUAGCAAGUUCUGUGAUCAGAAGAUGAGUUUAAUCAUUACAACGCUGAAUUGGACUCGACCAUGGCCAGAACAGCUGCUUCAAGCUUUCUUUGUUGCUGCUAAAUGCAUAUGGUUGCUUCAUUUGCUUGCUUUCUCUUUCAAUCCACCAUUGGGAAUUCUACGGGUUGAAGAAAAUAGAACCUUCGAUCCACAUUACAUGGAAGAUAUGUUCAUGGAAAGGCAAAGGCCGCAUGGACCAAGCCGGGUUAAGAUCAUGGUGAUGCCAGGAUUUUAUGUUCAGGGAAGGGUUUUAAGGUGUAAGGUGAUCUGCAGAUACAAAUUUGUAGCAUAAAGUAAUUUGCUUAAAAUUCUUUUCUCAAGUGGUUUUUCAAGGGCAGUUUCAAGUAGAGAAGUUUGUAACUAGCAAAGAGAUUUUAAUAAAUGUGCAUAUAGGUUUCUUCUA